CCAAGUUUGUGGCCUGGAAAUAACUAUAUUUCAGCUAUUUUUUCACUACAUAGCACAGCGUGCUCUUGAGGGUGCUCAGAGGCCAAGGCUGCCGCAGUUGUGAGCGCAUCCAACAUUCCAUGUCUGGUGAGGAAGGUGCUGAGAUCAAAGUAGGCACAAACCAGUGUUUCUUCUCAUUUUCUUCUAGGCUUUUGGACAGAUCUGCUUGUUGCCAUUCUUAUUGAGGCUGAACAACUUCUCUCUCAUGCGUUCUCUUGAUAUUCAUGAAGAUCCCACGUUUAUCCCGGAGAUUGCUGCAGAGCUUACAAAGGACAAGUCUGAGGCUAAAAGCGCUUCGGAUAUUAUCAAGCAGCUGAUAGAUGCAAGGUCUGAUUCUGCCAGUGAUGGGUUUAGCUUCAAAGGGAUCAAAGACUACCUGGAUUGCUACCGGAGUGGGAAGCUGACACCAUCUCAGGUAGCAAAGAAUAUCAUUGCCAUGCUGGAGGACUGUGACAAAUCCACUCCCCCGCUCAGAGCGAUAGUGCAAUGGGACCAGGAGCAAAUAAUGCUGAUGGCUGAGGCCUCCACUGCUCGUUACAGGAAUAACUGUACCCUUUCUUAUCUGGAUGGGAUCCCAGUGUGCCUGAAAGAAGAGUUUAAAGUGGUGCCUUACCAUCACCGAGUGGGAACAGAGUAUCUUGGGACAGAGCCUGAAACAGAAGAUGCUUCUGUGGCCAAGAAGCUGCGAGAGGCUGGAGCUAUCAUUAUUGGGGUCUCAAACAUGCAUGAACUAGGGACUGGAACAACUGGAUGUAACUCCAAUGGGUUCCACAAGAUCCCAAGGAAUCCCUACGAGCCCAAUCACUACACAGGUGGGAGCUCCAGUGGGUCAGCAGCAGCUGUAGCAGCAGGUCUCUGCCCAGUGGCUAUUGGAACAGAUGGAGGAGGCUCUGUGAGGAUUCCUGCUUCGUUCUGUGGUGUGGUAGGGCUGAAAGGUACGUUUGGGCGGAUCAGUGCUCAUGGCAGCCUUCCGCUCUCCUACUCCACAGUCAGCGUGGGCCCUAUCUGUACCUCAGUGGCAGAUGCAGCCGUUGUUUACAGUAUCCUUGCUGAGCCGGAUCCACUCUAUCCGUAUGGAUUAAAGCAGCCCAAAGCAACCCUGUCAGAUAUGUGUGCGCCUGACCUGAAGGGCUUAAAACUGGGAGUGGACUGGACAUUUUUUAAGGCAUGUGAUGCAGAAAUCCUGUCCAUCUGUGAGAAAGCUGUGGAGUACCUGCAGAGUCUGGGAGCCAGUGUGGUUGAAGUGUUUCUUCCAGAGAUGGAGGAAGUGCAAGUAGCCCACGCAGUCUGCAUUCUCAGCGAGAUGAGAGAUUUCCUGCAAGCUGACUUCAACAAACAUUUCCAGCAAAUGAAUUUGGAGACUCGGGCCAGCCUGGCGUUGGCUUGCCAGUUCACAGCUCUGGACUAUAUCACGGCAAAUCGGCAGAGGACCCGGAGCAUAGACUUCUUGCGAGAAAUUUUCACCACUGUGAACUGUAUCCUUACACCAGCUGCUGCUUCUACUGCCCCAAGAAUCCAUGACUCUGACCUUCUGGUUGGGUGCAGUGAUUUCUCAUUGACGGUCCGGACCAUGAGGUUCAUGCAGCUUGGCAACUUCACUGGCAUUCCAGGCCUGGUGGUCCCUGUUGGAUAUUCUGCUGCUGGGCUUCCUAUUAGCCUCCAGGUCAUGACAAAAUGGUGGGAUGAAGCUAUGCUUCUCAGGAUUGGCCUGAAGCUGGAGCAGUUUCGUCACCAGACCAGAAAACCAUCCAUUUAUUAUGACAUCCUCAUGUGAUGGAGCGGCCAAGAUGGGCAGCGCGCUAAAACUUUAUUUUUUUCUCGUCUGAUCUGACCAAGUAUAAGAGUGGAAUUGCGUUCAGUGUUUACCUGAAUAAGGUUUAUUAGCAGGCCCAUUUGAGGGAUGGGGGGAACACUGAUCUAAGCAGGCAUUGAUGCUGAGCAGAGAUCAGUUCUGCUCCCUGUUGGGUAGGGGAUGUUCCAGUUUGUACUGGGGAGACCACCUGUGCUAGCUUGUUCCUCGCUGUUUUUGCCAGUAGGGGAAGCUGCAACGCCUUUGCCUGUAUGGCUCCUCUGUAAAGACGGAAGACAGUUGGACUGCAUAUAGGCGGUUUACAUGGCUAUGCAUGGAAAGCCACACUUCCUAGUCCUAAAACCUUCUCACAGAACACCUCCUACUCCAGGAUGUAGCAAAGGUACUCUUUUGAGGGGGAAAGGCAGCUUCCUUUAUAGAUAGAUUCCCUUAGAUAUCGUGCCUCGCACCCUUGGAAUGAAGAGGAUCUUAGCCUUCCUGCGAGAAGGUAGUGUGUGUCAUGGCCCCUAACCUGGAAUAGUCCCUCAGAGCAAAAUAGAAAGCCAGUAGCUAUGGAAGUGUUCCUCUGCUCUUUCUGUCCCUUGUGCUACGAACAGUGUACGAGUCGGUUUAACUGUUGCACAAAGCACGGGUGUGCUUGCUGUCUUCAGCCUUAUAUGCAAGGGAAGGCAAAAGCGGAGCAGGAACCCUCGUUAACUCUGAGCCAAAACUCUGGUUCAGGGCUCUGGAUUUUUGUGCCACUGUUGGUGAUGCACUUCCUAAGGGAAGACUUGUUGAGCCUUUGUUCUCCCAAUAGUUGCUUAGGCAUAAGCCUACUCAUGUUUAGUAAUUCCUUCUCCAGAGUGGAACGGAAUGGAAUAAGCUACCUGCUCUUAAGGAGAUGGUUGCUGAGCCGGCAGCUAUGAGGUGGUGAAACUGGUGUGGCACUAAAAAACAGCAAAUGCUACUGGGCACUGCAUGAGCAGACCCUGGCUGCAGAAGUGUGGCAUGAAGCUGUGUGCAGCACAGAGCCUGCUCUAAACAAGAAGCCAGCCCUCCCUCUAUCCCAGCUGUGCUUCCUGAAGUCAUCAGGUAGAACUAUGACAUGGAUUAAAAGACCAAGCUCUAUUACUUAAAUCAUGAUACCACAGCAGGAAAAGCUAGAGAAGACUACAUUCCUACAGGAGUAGGCCCUAAAGUCACAGUACUGUGUACUACAGGCUCCACUGGAAGUCCCUGGACCGUAGACUCAAGUGCCUGUGUCCUGCCUGCACAGCUGUAUCCACAUCAAAGACAAGAAAAGGCCUAGGAUUAACCAAGGCUAAGCAUUUGGUUUCAUUUUGGACUAGCUCAGGGUUAAUGCCCAGAGACCUCUGUUGCCUACCUUAUGAGAUAUCUGAGAAGGGAAAUGGCUGGCCUUUGGAUCAGGCUGCUGGAGAAGCUGUCUUAGGAGCAGGAAAGAGCACUGUAUUCCUGCUUAGCUUGGAAGGAAAGAAGGAACAGAGAGAAUGGUUGCAGUUUCGCCCAAAGCUCAAUAUAGUGUUUUUUUUUUUUUUUUUUUUAAUCUGCUCUUUAAACAGAGCUAGCACUUCAGCCAUGAGUAAAGUUAGCAGUCAGAUAGCAUCUGAAUGAAAAAAAGAAAAAUUACAUUACCUUCCCCACAAUUACUUGGGUCAAAGCAUCAGCUGCUACUGGCAGCUGUUAGCAGCAUCCACAGUUAAAAAUAAGGGAACGGUUGAUACUGGCUUUCAUCUUCAACUCCCCUGUACAAUACAUGAAGAACUAAUAGUUCACUAGUUUCUAGUAUAGUUCAAUUUUAUCAAGAGCAGAUUUUUAAGAGGAAAGUAGUCACUGUAAUAUUAAAGAUAACUUAUUAAACAUUUCUAAAACACC